AUGAAUAAUAAUUAUGCUCAUCUUGGUAACCAAAUUAACGGUUAUGUGCAUCUUUCUGAUACUAUUACUCCUAGCGAAAGCUCUGUUAAUCCCAUUUCCAACCAUAAUUAUUCUGUCAACAACAAUAACAUUGCUGGUUAUAAUUCAAUCAAUAAUAUGAACAACACUCGUCAAAAUCCCGCCAAUCAUAAUUUGGCUAGUCAUUUGGGUUUUAUCAAUAAUAGUUUUGUUGAUCAUAAUACUCUUCAUAACACCGUUGACAAUUCAAUCAAUAACAUGAACAAUGCUCACCAAAAUUCAACCAGUAACAAUAUCGCCAGCCAUGAUUUGGUUAACCAUUUGGGUAUUAUCAAUAAUCGUUUUGUUGGUCAUAAUAUUAUUCAUAACGCUGUUGACAAUAAUUUCUUUGGGCAGAAUUCAGUCAAUAAUGAUAAUAACAAUUUAGACACGCAAACUAAUAAUUACACAAGAGAUCAGCUAAUUUUUAUAGCAAUCCAACUUCAAAACAUUGUGGAUCAAUUGUUAUUAAAUAGCAACAGCAACAACUACUAG